AUGGUAGUUGAUGGAAUGCCAAAGUCCUACCUCAUAAAACAGUGUCGAAUGGACCUUAACAGUGUCUGCAUAAUCAGGUCUACCUCAGGCAAGGCCCCUGGAGCACCGUACUUAUUUAAAGAAUUACUGAUUCAACAAAUAAAACACAUGGUAUGUACCAAGUAUAAUUUUUCACUGCAUGUAAUGGCUUGGAUAAAGAAGACAUUUUGGGUUUGUUACAGAAGCAAAUUUACCUAGGACUUAUAUUUAAAAUUUCAAACAAAUAGCUUUUAAAAAAUGGGUUUCCAUGAGUAAUGCGAUUCCUUUUCAAUUUAAAACCCACAGAGACAAGCCAAUUUGCUUCAAGAAGGAGAGAAGGCAAAAGUGAAGUUGAGAAGGGAUGGUGCUCGGAUGAGCAGAGUGAGCAAAUUCAUUCUCUUGAGGCGCUCAGUGCUUCAGAGUAAAGAUGAUUUGUUAUCAUCAAAAGGUAAUUAAUAAUAAAACAAUAAAACAUAACCAUCUUCAUUAUUAGACAAAGAAAUCUUUAUUUUCAGUUGUAUUUGUCGAUAAAAAAAAUCAAGCAAGUCAAAUUAUGUGGUUAUGAUUACAACCUAACUUUUAAUAAUUACAAGCAUUUCAUUUCUUUCAUUAAAAACAAGGUACUCACACCAUUGCUGUAGUAAAUGGCCCUCAGAACAGCGGAACAUUGGCCAAUAGUUUAAAGGAACUGUUUAAGGAUGUGAAUGACAUCCAAAAGAAUGUCUCCAUAACAAUUGACGAAACCGAGUGGACAUCGAACUGUUUCUUGGAGGUGAUUACAAGGUAAAUAACCGUGGAAAGUUUGUCUCGGUACCAAACUCAGGUCGCUGGAGAAUUGAAGGCAUAAAUACAUGAACAAAAGUGUUUCUUAUAUCAGACAGGAAGCUCUGAGAUUGUACCCCUACUCUUGCAUUCUGAAAUUAUAUCUAUUUCCUCCUAGUUUCUGCUGUUGGUCAUUGGACUCAACCCUGCUAACUCUACCUAUGCCUGCUUGUGGUUCAAAGUUCAUAAGAAAGACAGGUAUAAUAACUGACACAUUCAUCAAGUUUUUAAAGGAAUACUACCUUCAAGUGAUUUUAAUACUGUUUCACCAAUUACAUAAUAUCACUAUAAAGUACUAUUAUUUAUAAUAAUAAAAUUAUUGACAAUUUAUAUCGUCAAAUUACAUUUGUAUUUGGAACUCUUGAAAUCAGUUUUGAGUUCAAAUUCUCAUCGCUAUGUGGAUACAUUUUCAGAUUCAUUAAAUAUAAUCAUAUAAUCAAAUACAACCAAAUAAUGACAUUCUUUUAACAUGGUGUACGCAUGCCAUAUGUAUGUUUUCCGUACGUAAUGAUAUUUAAGCCCCAUAUACAAUACUAUUAUUUACUUUUUUUUUAAGGGGCGACAUGAGCAAGUCAGAACAGCAUUAUGAAAGUGACCCUCUAAGGAGGACAUUGCAGAAAAAAAAGGAAUUUGCAAGCAAGUCCAAGGGUGAAAACUAUUGUUGUGUACAUGACCUUCUUCUUAACAUCCCACUGGAUCACAUCAUUUUGGAUGAGUUGCAUUUAUUGCUCCGCAUUUCAGAUAUCUUGAUAGAUAACAUUGUACAAGACGCAAUGCAGUGGUAUGAUAAGGAGACUUGA